UAUUGUGUUAAUUGUGAAAAAAGGUCUCUUAUACUUGUCAUAAUGUUACAAAAUAUAUUCAAUUUUUGGGACGUUCCUUUUAAGACAAAAAGUGUUUCAACGUUUCAGUCAUUUUUACAUAAUACGGAUUAGUAAACACAUCUAAAAUUUAAGUGGUUCAAUCUACUACAAGGACAAGAAAGUACUUUUCUAUUUUCCUAAGUUCCGCGAAGAAGAAGUUCUGAACAAUGCUCGUUGUGAUCAUUCUUGUAGCUAGUGGGAUUUUCCAUUCUGCAUUUUCUCGCCCGACUUGUCAAAGUGCUUUUGAUUAUAAGCGUCACGUGCUAAGAAAACUAGUUGAGUUCAUGGAUGCAAUAUCCAGUACUAAAGAUGGCACUGAAGGUACAGAGUCUAGUGAUACAACGUGUCCAGACAUGUGGGUGACUUUCCAAGGGUCAUGUUACCUCUUCGCAAAUCAAAGGGUGAUUUAUUCGGAAGCAGAGCGAUUUUGCCAACAACACGAAUCCCACUUGGUGCACGUGGACAAUGUACAUGAAAACAAUUUUCUUCAAGACAUGAUGCGCAAUCGCUUGAGAGAAAACAAUUGGUGGAGUGGGCUUACGGACAGGGAAAUCGAAGGUAAAUGGCAAUGGGUGGAUACAGAUAAAUCUCCAGAUUUUACAGACUGGUAUCCAGGACAGCCAAACAAUUCUGGAAAUGAAGACUGUGGUGUAUUCUGGGCCUCACAUUCAUUUCAUUGGGGAGAUUUAGGCUGCACACACAAAGCUGUAGCAAUCUGCGAAAAGUGGUAAAAAAUAUUUUAUGCAGGGACAUCGUUAUUUGACGGAAACAUCGGAGAAAGCAACCACGAAGAUGUAUUACCACGAAGUCUUAUAUUUUGAUGUUGAUAUUAGUUUCGAAUGAUUGUUAUGUAUACACCUUGCAAGAUCUAAUAUUAGUUGAUAUCAAAUAUCGGAAAAUAUUUCAACCAUAAAAAUUGAAAUUAUUAAAGACUUACUGAAAUUCAAAAUGACCCUUUUACCAGAGAUGUUUAGCUUGUAUUUAGAUCUUGAAAACUAAAGCUGCAAUUAACAUAACCCAUGUUAUGUCCUUUUAUCAUGUUGAGUUUAAUAUUUCCCAAUAAUUCAUUUCCUUUACUUUAACAUGUUUUAUUCAAAAUUUCCAAGUAAUUCAUUUCCUUUUCACUAUUACAUGUUUCGUUUCCUUUACUUUAUCAUGUUAAGUUCAAAAUUUCCAAAUAAUUCCUUUCCUUGAAUACUAUUACAUGUUUAUAUUCAGUAUUUCCAAAUAAUUCAUUUCCUUAACUAUUACCUGUUUCAUUUCCUUAACAGUUACAAUAACGUGAAAUAUUUAAAUGUCCAAAUAAUUCAUUUCCUUUACUUUUACAUGUUAUAGUCAAAAUAUCCAAAUAAUUAGUUUCCUUAACUAACAAAAACAAUUGCAUUUUAUGUAUAAAUAUAAUGCAAUUAAAUGUAAG